AUUAAUUUUCUUAAGUAAAAAUACUAUUAAAUAAAGUUUUAAUAGAGAAAAUAAUAAUAAUAAUAAUAAUAAUAAUAAUAAUAAUAAUAAUAAUAAUAAUAAUAAUAAUAAUAAUAAUAAUAAUAAUAAUAAUAAUAAUAAUAUGUGGAAGCUUAAACCUAAAUAUAGAUGUUAAAUGAUUGUAGCGGUUUUUGGUCAUAAUUUUUUAAUAUACAAAAUAAUAAUUAUAAUAAUAUAAUAAUAUAAAUUAAUAUUUAUUAGAAACUUUGAAGAACCAAGCUUGAUAUAAUAAGAUAAUAAUAAUAAUAAUAAUAAUAAUAAUAGUAAUAAUAAUAAUAAUAAUAAUAAUAAUAAUAAUAAUAAUAAUAAUAAUAAUAAUAAUAAUAAUAAUAAUAAUAAUAAUAAUAAUAAUAAUAAUAAUAAUAAUAAUAAGACUAUUAAAUAAAAUUUAUAAGUAAGUUUGAAGGAAAAUAUUUUUAUUAUUUUAAUAUAUAUAUUUUUGAUUAUGAGAUAGUUUAAGAGAAAAUGACACAAAGAACACCAAACAAAGUUUUCCUCCCCAAACUAGCACUCAGGAUCAGAAGUCACAAAAAUAGGUUUCACUAAAGGGGUAAUUUACCCUUAUGCCCUCUUCUUUAAGUAAUUAAAAAAAAAUUUUGAAAUCAAUUGUCGCCGUCCUCGUUUCAUCGCUUCUUCUUCUCUUCAUCGCUGUCUUUCGUCGUCGUCGUCUCUCCGUCGUCGUCAUCGUCGUCGUCUCUCCGUCGUUGUCGUCGUCGUCUCUCCGUCGUCGUCGUCGUCGUCUCUCCGUCGUCGUCUUCGCCUCUCCGUUGAUCCGUCGUCGUCGUCUCUCCGUUUAUUUAUCGUCGUCGUCGUCGCUUCUCAAUUGAUCUGUCGUUUCUACGUCUAUUCAUCUCAUUCUCUCUCUCGUGUGUCUGAUUUGAUUAAGAACAAUGGAAGUUUUGUGCAUCUGUGGACAAUGGAUCUCAAAAGAAUCUCUCCAGUGGGAGUUUCUUGUUGAUUUGAAGAGGAAUGCAUCAAUCAUUUCCAUAGAAGAAGAUCUACUGUAUGAAGAUUUGAUGAAGAUUGACUCUGAAGAUUUUAGUGUUAAAGAGGAAGAAAUCAGUUUGAGUUAUGGUUUUUCAUUGGAUAUGAAAUGUAUUAUUGAAAAUUUCCCCCCACUCUCGAUAGGUAAUACUCGUCAGCUCAGAACUUUCAUUUCCAAGACUAGAGCAUUUGAUGGAACCUGUCGUUUGUGUGUUAAGGUUUGUAUGAUUUUUUUCUUACUUAGACUUUUCAGGAUAUGCUUCAUAACCAAGUAUUAUGCCUUACAGAACUACUUGACUUUUGCAGGUUAGUACUGAUCCAGCUAGCUGUAACACUCAAGCUUCUGAUACAUUUGCUUCUACUGUUCCAUUGAAUGCCAAUCCAGUGAUUCUUUCUAUUGUGCAGAGAGAAAAACAAGUACAUUGUCCCUAAUUCCCUUUUUCUGUUUGUGUUUGCAUGAUAUGCUUCAUAAUCAAGUAUUAUGCCUUACAGAACUACUUGACUUUUGCAGAGUCUUCUAUAUGAAGGUGUUUCUACAGUUCCUCUGAAUGCUCUUCCGGAUUUUAGUACUGAUCCAGCUAGCUGUAACACUCAAGCUUCUGAUACAUUUGCUUCUACUGUUCUAUUGAAUGCCAAUCCAGUGAUUCUUUCUACUGUGCAAAGAGAAAAACAGGUACAUUGUCCCUAAUUCCCUUUUUCUGUUUGUGUUUGCAUGAUAUGCUUCAUAAUCAAGUAUUAUGCCUUACAGAACUACUUGACUUUUGCAGAGUCUUCUAUAUGAAGGUGUUUCUACAGUUCCUCUGAAUGCUCUUCCGGAUUUUAGCCCUGUCCAUAUUGGACUUUCACCAACCACGAGAAAAGCUGGCGAUAUUAAGGUGAAUAGCUAUUUUAAGACAAAGAGAGAGUUGAUGUUGAGGAUGAAGAAAUGGGCUUUAGAGUGGAAGUUUGAGUACAAGACUGUCUCUUCUAACAAGUCAAGAGUGCUUUUGAGUUGUGUUGAUGAAAAUUGCACGUGGAGGAUGCGUGCUAUCAAGCUACCUGUUUCAGAUUUUUUCGUUGUUAAAAAGUAUGUUCAUGAGCAUACAUGCGAUACAACACACAGGAAAGCCAACCAUAGACAAGCAUCUGCAAAGUUGUUGGGUUCUUUGAUUUGCAGCAAUUAUGGAGAAAAAAAGGAAGGUCUCAAACCGAAACAGAUCAUUGAACAGGCCAGGAUGCUGCAUGGUGUUCACAUCAAUUACAAACAAGCUUGGAGAGUGAGAGAAGAAGCUCAGAUUUUGGUUAGAGGGACUCCUGAAGACAGCUAUUACAAUUUGUCUAGGUGGUUGUAUAAAAUCACAGAAACAAACCCUGGUUCCUUGACUUAUCAACAUGUUGAUGCUGCAGGAAAGUUCAAGUAUGCAUUUGUGGCUUUUGGUCCAUCGAAAAGGGGAUUCUCAUUGAUGAGGAGAGUUAUUGCAGUAGAUGGUACAUUUCUGAAGGGAAAAUUCAAUGGGACUUUAUUGGCAGCUUGUGCUCAAGAUGGGAAUUAUCAUCUAUAUCCUCUCGCCUUUGCAGUGGUUGACGCAGAAAACGGCGCCUCUUGGAAAUGGUUCUUUAGAGGUUUGAGCCAGAAGAUCCCGGACGCUUCGGAUCUUGUUUUUGUAUCAGACAGGGCUAACUCCAUUUCUUCAGCGUUGGAGGAUGUAUAUCCCUUAUCUCACCAUGGAAUUUGCAGGAUCCAUCUGCUCCGCAACAUCACUCCUACAUAUGCGAAGACUGGGUUGCUACCUCUGGUGGAAAGCGCUGCUGAUGCCUAUACGUGUCACGAGUUCUGGUUAAUCUUCAAGGACAAAAAGGAUAAAUGUCCUGAAUUGGCUAAGUAUCUGGAAGAGUCUGAUUUUAGGAAGUGGGCACGAAGCUAUGCGCCUGCGAACAGGUAUAAUAUCAUGACUACCAACAUUGCAGAGUCUCUCAAUUCUAUGUUGAGGAUGCCUCGUGAGUUGCCCAUUAUCUCUCUUCUUGAAACUAUCAGAUUGACGAUGACCACUUGGUUUUUUGAGCGACGCGAAGCGGCUGCGAAACAUAAGCACCUGGUUACUCCAAAAGUUGUGCAGAAAUUGGUAUCUAGGUUAGGUGCCGCAAUGUUGUUGAAUGUGUAUCAAGUUGAUCGAAGCGAGUUUGAGGUGAAGAAUGAAACAAUGAAGUUUGUUGUUGACUUGGAGAAGCGGCAUUGCACAUGUAAUGUUUUCGACAUUGACAAGAUCUCCUGCAUCCAUGCCAUCGCUGCUGCUAAGCAUAUCAAGAGAGAUGAAAACCGUUUUGUUGAUGCUUCUCACUUGACAGAAAUGUGGGCUAAAGCUUAUGCUGAAAGCAUACAUCCUGGUGGAGAGUUGUCAACGUCCACCUAUCCAGAGAAUAUUGAUGAACUGUCUUGCCCACCUCCAGCUACCAAAAAGAAAAGUGGCGCCCUCCUACAAAGAGAAAGAGAUCCGUUGGCGAGUUUGGGGUUCCUGGAUCUAAAUCUCAGUCCCACAAGUGCAGCAGAUGUGGCACAGGAGGGCACAACAAGAUCACAUGCCAGAGGCCUAUAGGAUGAAGUUCUACAUUUUUACAUUUUUAUCGAUUAUUAUUUGGAUGUUGGCUAUUUGAUGGUUACAUGAUAUGCACAAGACCAUAUACAUUUUUUCUUUUGGAACCCUAUCCUGAAUAAGUAUGAUUUCUUCCAACUUUUGUAAUAUACAACAUUAUCUUUUGAUCUCAUUUCAAUUCUUAGUUUAAACUUCUUUGCUAGAAAAAAACACAGUAAUAUUCAACUAUUCUGGAAUCCCAUCCAGAAAUCCCGAGUUCCUUUCCAAGGUUUAUAAUACAACAUUUUCUGUUAAGAAUAUUUAUGUGGAAAAGUGUAACAGAUGAUUCUCCUCGGUCUAGCGGCUAAAACACCUAUCUGUCGAAAUUGUAACGCUUGACUCGACCCGGGUUCGAUGCCCCUACUAAUCAGAGUUUUUAAAAAAAAUUUAAGUUGAAUAAAAAUAAAAGAAAUAUAUUACUUUACUUACAACAUGUAAUGACUGAAAUUAACUUGGCCUAGUGGCUACUACACCUUAACUCCCUCUUUCCUCCUAGUCAUCUUCAGGUUCGAAUCCUAUGAGAUGUGUAUAUAUAUUUUUUUUUUCCUCCAAAAUUUUGCAAAUCACAUUAUCAAAUUUUCCAAAUGUGUAGAUAUUAAUCCUUAGUUUUGAUCUCAUUUUAUUUUUUUCUAGUUUAAGAAAGAAGCACACUAAUAUUCAUGUAUAUUAUUCAUGCAUACUCUGGAUGCCCAUCCUGAACUAUCAAAGAUCUUUCCAAUGUAUUAUACUAUAAAUUGUAUGGCUAAAUUCAAUUAUGUGGAAGCAACUAACAGAUGAUUCUCCUCAGCCUAGCGGCUAAACCACCAAACCUAUGAUACCGAAACAUUUGUUCGAUCCGGGUUCGACUCUCCUACGAGUAAUGGUUGAUUUUUUUUUUUGUUCAAGCAUAUAUCUCAGGAAUCGAAGAGUGUCUUCCAAACGACAUCAUGUAACUCAGUAACCGAAGAGUUUCUUUUCGUCAAGAUGGCUGUUAUAUGAUUGGUUAUCUCAGUAACCGAAGAGUUUAUUUUAACUGACUUCAAUAAUCGAAGAGUUCCUUUUAGUUCUAUAAAUAUAAGGGACGAUAUCAGACUUUUUAUUCACUCACUUCAUUUCGUCUGAUUUAUCCUUUUGCAAUAUAAGUUAGUUUUCGAUUUUUCUCAUUUUCCAUUCAAUUCAUGAACUUUUUUCUAUUUCUAUUUUAUCGUAACAUCUUAGUUUCGAUUUUGUUGCAGGACAAAGUUUCAAUGGAAGGAAGUUCAAAGAAGAUGAUGAAGCGUCCCAUAGAGGAGGUUUACGGAUGUGAUGCCGCCGAAGGUUUCAAUAAGGGAAAGAAGGAAACUGUGGUACAUUACAGGGCUCUUCUUCGUUUGUCCAACGAAUACAGGCUAUCUGAGAAUGAUUGGAAUCUGGCAUCCAGCAAAGCAAAUUCAAUUGCUGUCCAAAUCGAGUUGCUUGAAGAUAUUAUCAAAGCUGAUGGAAAAUUUGAUUUAACUGCUGAGUUGGAGAAACUUAAAGAAGAGCACUCGGAAGCGGAAGGAAUGCUUGCUGAUGUGAAGGUCAAAGUCCCUGAUUGGGAUAAACUUGGCGAAAGUUGGCUGUGUCAUGAGUAAUUUUAUGUUAUCAUCUUCUCUUUUUAUGUUUUUAAGGACCACAUUAUGUUUGAUUUUCAGUUUUUAUUUUAAAUGAAUAAGUACUUUAAGCCGUGUUCGAUCCCCAAAGGAAUUUGUUUUUGGAAAGCUAUCCUUAAUACCUAAAAUGAUAUCCAGAUUAUAUAAAUCUAUCGUCUGUGAAUAAAUAAGUUCACAUUUACUCUGUUAUCGAGUAUCCACCAUAGCCUAGUGGCAAGCCCUUAUCACACAAUAAGCCGUGUUCGAUCCCCGUUGUGUAUACUCACGUUUUUUUCUGUUUUUAAUUAAAUAUUCAAAAGUUAUUUUCGUUUUAUUAUAGCUUUUUGCAAGUAUAACACCCUUGGCACAACGGCUGCACACUUUGAUUCAUCUUUCGAGAGUUCACGAGUUCAAUCAACAUCAGAUCACAUUCUUUUUCAUUUUUUUUUGUAAACUUUAAAGGAAUUUGUUUUUGGAAAGCUAUCCUGAAUACCUAAAAUGAUAUCCAGAUUAUAUAAAUCUAUCGUCUGUGAAUAAAUAAGUUCACAUUUACUCUGUUAUCGAAUAUCCACCAUAGCCUAGUGGCAAGCCCUUCUACUCUUAGUGUACCCUUAUCACACAAUAAGCCGUGUUCGAUCCCCGUUGUGUAUACUCACAUUUUUUUCUGUUUUUAAUUAAAUAUUCAAAAGUUAUUUUGGUUUUAUUAUAGCUUUUGGCAAGUAUAACACCCUUGGCACAACGGCUGCACACUUUAAUUCAUCUUUCGAGAGUUCACGAGUUCAAUCAACAUUGGAUCACAUUCUUUUUCAUUUUUUUUUUGUAAACUUUAAAGGAAUUUGCUAGGCUAUGGUGCAUUUUGCUUUCUCACUCUUUUUCUGGAAACUCAUCCUAAAAGUACCAUAAGCAUUUGACAAUUCAUCAAUACAUCCUAAAAAUAUUUCAAUAACAAUCUAAAUGAAAAAAACGUUAGGGAUAAUUCAUUACAAACUUAAACUUAAACGUUAGGGAUAAUUAAUAUCAAAGUA